AUGAGCGGGGCCCACAUGACCACCCGCAACUCGAAUGUUGGCCGAUUUAGCAGCAUUGGGCUGAAAUGCGAAGUGCGUAUAGCCAACUUUACUCAGCAAUUAACGGCUCGCGGAAACCAGACUAGGACUUACGACAGGGAGGGCUACAAGAAGCGGGCGGCCUGCCUGUGCUUCAAGAACGAGAGGGAGGAUGAGAUACUCUUAGUCAGCAGCAGUCGUUACCCUGAUCAGUGGAUUGUACCAGGAGGGGGAAUGGAGCCAGAGGAAGAGCCCGGUGGAGCUGCAGUCAGAGAAGUGUAUGAAGAGGCCGGUGUAAAGGGGAAGUUGGGAAGACUUCUGGGAGUUUUUGAGCAGAACCAAGAUAGGAAACACAGAACGUAUGUGUAUGUUCUCACAGUAACGGAAGUGCUGGAAGACUGGGAGGAUUCUGUUAACAUUGGACGAAAGAGGGAAUGGUUUAAAGUUGAAGAUGCUAUGAAAGUGUUACAGUGCCACAAGCCUGUACAUGCAGAAUAUUUAGAAAAACUGAAAGGAUGCUCCCCAACGAAUGGAAACUCUGUGGUCCCAGCUAUAUCAGACAACACAUCUCUUUAUGUAACCUCUGCACAGACUUCUAGCUUACCAUCAAGUGUGAGAUAAACUGCACUUUAAGGCACCUUACCUAUUCAUGUGUGGAGGAUGCCAUUUUGUGUUCUCAUGAAAACAUCCUGAUGAUUAGACCUGGAUCCUCUUGCAAGAUGUGCUACAAACCAUUUUGCUUGCUUAAUUCAACCCUUUUUUUUAACCAUGUAUAAUAGUGUUCAUCCAACAAAAGCCAUAUGGAUUUUUUUAGAUGCCUUUAAAUGGCCAUUUUUUCUGUCUUAUGUUCUGUCACAAUUGUAAUAUGGCUAAUGUGCCAUGGCAAGUUUUUACAACUGCUGUUUCUUAAAGGGCUUUAACGUCUACUGGAUGCAAGAUAAGCCUUUAGUGUGCUGUGUAAAAGGUUUCAGGUUGAGAGAAGUGUGGCCUUCACCAGGUUCAGCACUAAAGAGGAUACUAUAAUAUCACCGGCUCCUCUUUAAUAUGGGUGUUGAUU